AUGCCCGAUUUUCUGCGCCCACUCGAUGUCGAGUUCCAGAGAACGGCCAACGCUGUUGAAGAUUCCGGAAACCCUUUGAGUGACACGUCCAUGGCGUCCUCCAAUGAUCAAUUUUUGGCGCGAACUCUCAGGAAAGUAGGGGGAGAAGAGAGAGUCUCCAUGCCCAAUAUGCCCCCUUCGACUAACACUGCUGGCUGUCUGGUUCCGAGUAUUGAAUGUGCAGACACCUCUGAUACCCAGGUCUCUGUGUCUCGCCGUGGGACAUCCAUCUCUGAUAUGGGAUACACGCAGAAUGGCACUAUCGAGUUACAUUCAAUGACCGUGGCCCAGGCUCCGAAGGCACUGGCCCCAGAUCAGAUAGGCAGCCUUGAGCUAGAGAUGCCUCCGCCAGACUACCAAACCAAUCCGAUUGAUCCAUCCAACAGCAGUCCUAGCGAAAAACAGGAAAUCAAUAGCGUAUAUUCUUGUGAGAGUUCAAACUGGGAGUAUCAUGGACCAAGAUCGUAUCUCUCAAUUUGUUCCAAACCUGGUAUUCAAUGGGUGUCUCAAAAGAUUGGAAAUCCCGCUUUCCAAGAAGCCGCUGGUACCUUGACACGAGAUGUCACUCGUCGGCUCAAGAUCGAGAAAAAAAUGUCAAAGGAACGAACGCCCGAGCCACCUGGGUCUAUCGCAUGGAAAUACGCCCAAGCCUACUUUGAAAGGGCGCCCGACGCCGUCUUUGGGGUUGUUAACAAGAACUGGUUCAAUGCCCGGCUUCAGAGCCAACUCAACAACCCCAACGUCGACGAUGAUCCGGCCUGGUAUGCUCUACGAAAUGCUGUCUAUGCUGUUGGAUGCCGCUUUGAGCUGUCCGGGCGCGCCAGUUUCCGUAAGGCCUAUCGAACCGCAUGGAGCUACUUCGAAAAUGCCCUAGCGGUGCACACAGAGCUACUCUACUUCCGCACUUCCCUGUUCGCUGUACAAGCCCUGACUGUCAUGGCGUACUAUACAGAAACCAUUGGAAGUCCUUGCCUCGAAUACAUGCUUAUCACGAAUGCGGCUCGUCUUGCAUAUUCAAAAGGUCUCCAUCGUCAGCCUGUUCCCUCUUGGGACCUCAGCUCGUCAGAACAACGCCAUAGAAAUUGGCUUUUCUGGGCAAUUUACUGUCUAGAGAAGAGUUGCUGCUCUCGUGCAGGGCGUCCUUCGGCUAUCAAUGACGACGAGAUCAGCUGCCAGAUCCCAACGGCUGCCCCUGCGGGGGGUUCUGCAGGUGUUCAGUAUCCUACCAAUCUUGUGAAACUGGCCCAGAUGAGUUCUCGAGUCGCAAGAGUGUUCUCAAAUGUCCAAAACUGGAGUAAAUCACCAGAUACCCUGGCUGAGACAGUGGCAAAAUUGCAUGUGCAGCAUGUCGAGAUCGAAAAUACUUUGCAGGGACUGGUCAACCCAGAAAUACCGCUUGAUAGCGUUAAACUUCCAGCACAUAUGAACCUUCAACAAGCCAACUUCAUUCGGCUCACGUACUUCAACACCAUUUUGGAUAUUCACACUGCUCUCACAAAUCCAUGGUCACACUUAAGACAACAUCCUACCACCCAUUCCCAGGUUCAGAAGUCGACGGAGAUUGUAGCCCGAACGGUUCGGGCCGCGAUUCUCACUACGCAUUCUAUCCGUAUCGACGCCAGUACUCCCGUUCUGCUGGCAUUCCAGACACCAAUAUAUGCAUUCAUCAAUCUUUUCAUCCACAUUCUGCAGAACCCCGAUCUACCUACUGUCCAAUCCGACCUCGCUUUGAUGGAUGUUGGAGCCGGGCACUUUGCCCGUUUAGAGUUCGCAACGGAGGCAGAAGUCCCGAUUUUCUUUGCGAAGGAGGUCGCAGCUUUGGCGCGACAAGCUGUCAAAAACCACAAGAGCUUUCCACAACCGCCUCUGGGCCAACCCGGCGUGUAUAGCGAAUCUGGAGUUCUUCACGACAAAAGUGUCGUAGGGACGGAAGAAGCCGGUCCUGACGCGAUGAGAAGUCCAUUGAAUAGCGUGAGUAUCAUUCUCUACUCCAUGCACGCGAGCGAUGAAUCAUAA